AGUGAAACCAAACAGUUUCUGUGUUACACCAACAUUGUCGUUGUGUCCUGUUGUCAAUAUAUAUGUCACGUGUCUAUUAUUUUCAAUGGUGGCAGUCAAGCGGAUACACAAUACAACCUUGAAAGUAAAGUGGCCUGUUCAGGUUUCGCCAUGACUUAGCGAAGUGCAGAUUUGUGUCACAGUUACAGGGGCUAAGAAUAGCUGAAUGGAUUCUGUGGAAACCAGGAACAACCACGUAAUACAUAAAGACACUCACAGACAUACAGAGCCGGGCACAACACUGAUGUCGGUGUUGUGCCCCGGUCACAGAACCAGUUGUGCUGUCAGUAUCUACAUUAUCAUCCUACUCACCUCAUUGUUGUUACAAACGGCGGCGAACACAGCUCCUGACCCAGGUGGCCUGACCACAUACACACACGGCGAGAACAUAUGUAUCAAGUGUAAACCUGGAACAUUCCUUUACAAACACUGUUCGAGGAACUUCACAUUCUCGGUGUGUCAUCGAUGUCCGCCUCAACACUUCCAGACACAUCACACACAGGCCACCCGCUGUGCACCCUGCCACGCCUAUUGUCUCCAUGACCGGAACAUGGUGCAAGUCCAGGAGUGCUCUGCCACCCAUGAUGUGUUGUGUGAGUGCCGGGACGGAUACUUCCAACAAACACAGGGGGGUGGGGCACGCAGGGAUACGUUACUGUUCCCCAUACACGCCCUGUCAACCUGGCCAGGUUAUAGUGAAAACCGGUACUAAGGAAUCUGACCAAGAGUGUGGUCACUGUGCCUCCGGAUAUUUUGUCGAGGGAGGUAACUGCAAACAGUGUUCGUUUUGCGGCGAAAACUCCACAGUUCUGAGUCGCUGCACUCAUAACACAGACACCGUGUGUUCAGAGCCAGAUGUGGUACAAUCAGAGGAAAAAGAUGAUAUUCUUCAAGAACAGUAUGAACAUCAUAAAACGACCAAUAACCUGUCAGUGCUGAUACCUAUUGGGGUGCUUGUUUGUGUCUCCUUGAGCAUAUUGGCAGCUUUGUGCUUCUUCUGUAAGAGGCAUUCAAGGAACAGCUAUCUCACAAAGGACAAAACCAACAGUGCUGUUCCCUUGUUGCUGGUUUCACCACCACAAGCAACAUGUCCACCUACACACGAAACGGUUCCGGCUCCACCUCCACAAGAAACGGUUCCCCCUCUGCCAGAAACUGGUUUAUCGCUCAACACAACACAAAUGCAGGGUAGACGUGUAAGAAGGCGAUCAUCAAUAAAAGUUUUUCCUCUACAGACAUCCCGGAGGCCCAGCGUCUAUUUGGAACUAAAAGAUCCAUCGUCCUGGACUGGACCCAUCUUCAAGAUUCUAUGUGCCCAUCUGACUGGAAACUGGAAAAUGUUCAUGCGAAACUUGCCAGGUGACGAAGACUACAAAUCGUCAAUUGACGCGCGAUGUGAGCAGAUUUGUGACGAGGUCAGAAACAACGUUCCGGAACAGAUCUACACUGCUCUCAGAGAGUGGUCACAAGCAAAUGUGCACCCAGAUGUGUCUGUGGAGAGCAUUCUAACUUCACUGGAGACAAUUCGAGACGCUGAGGAUUUGCGGAAAAGGGUGUCAGAAGCAGCUCUGAAGCUAAACGAAAACCACUCAAAAGAUUGCAAAGCUGAAUAGAACGUUACCGCAACUGUAUAUUUUAGGCCCAUUGUUGUGACUCAAAUCUAAUCACAAGAUUAUCUGGUCGUUGAUCGCCGAACGCCUUGAUCAAUUUAAUAAUUGUACUUAGUUUGUUCCAAAUCUACUGGUCCAAACUUUUGUGUAACCAUCUUAUAAUGCAAAUCCCUUCCGGAUCAUACGUACAAUACCCUUAACUACCAUGGAUGUUCAUGCUGCUAAUUUAAAUCCUAAUUACAACUGUGAUAGGUGCAUUUACAGUCCGGGGCCCCAUUCCCCAAAGCGAUCGUAGCGCUUCAACAGUCGCAAGUCUAUGUUAAAUGUAUGGAGUUACGAUCAUCUGAGUUACGAUCGUUUUGUGGAACGGAGAAUCCUGGAGCUCUUACUAAAAACUAAACCUGUAAAUGCAUAAUAAAUCGUUGUAACUCGUGCCUUUCAACUACAUUACAAUCCAACAUAUGUUAUAUUUGGGAUUACACUUGCUUAGUAAAGUACAUGUUCUAGUACUUUUGGGGGUUGAUUAAUAUCCAGGAUUCGAACCCACACCCUCAGAGUCAGGCACCUAAUCGCCAGCGCACAGAAAGUCAGCCGGCUAAAAGGCUCAGCUCGUGAUGGCUGAGAGGGUUAGACGGCUGACUUUGUGAGCUGGCGAGUACUAAAAUUUGAACUUUGCUAAGAAAGUGUAAUCCCAAAUAUAACAUAAGUUGCAUUUGACCACUUUCUAAAUGUCAUUGUGUAGUCAUACAUUACAAUCGAUACAUCCUAUCCAGAUAUUGUUCACAAUGACUUUAUCCUAAACUCUUUAAUAUUCAUUAUACUUAUUGUAUCCCAUUUAUUUACUGUUUACAUAAUAAACACUGGCGAGAUAUUUAUUCACCAAAUUGUGAUGAC